AUCAAGUAUCAACAGCAUCAAAAUAUUGAAAUUUCUUCACAGUUGCUCUGAGCCCAAAAAAAAGAACACAGAUGGAAGGAAUAGAACACAGAAGAGUGGAAGUGAAUGGAAUCAAAAUGCAUAUUGCUGAGAAAGGUAAAGAAGGACCUGUUGUCUUGUUCCUUCAUGGCUUCCCAGAACUCUGGUAUUCAUGGCGCCACCAGAUUGUAGCUCUCAGCUCCCUCGGCUACCGUGCUGUUGCUCCCGAUCUCCGUGGCUAUGGUGACACCGAUGCUCCGUCUUCAGUUAGUAGCUACACAGGUUUUCACAUAGUAGGUGAUCUUGUUGCACUUAUAGAUUUUCUGGGUGUUGAUCAAGUGUUUCUUGUUGCUCAUGAUUGGGGUGCUAUCAUUGGUUGGUAUCUUUGUAUGUUUCGCCCUGAAAGAAUCAAAGCUUAUGUCUGUCUCAGUGUUCCACUACUCCGUAGAAACCCCAAAAUCAGGACCGUUGAUGCCAUGCAUGCUGCUUAUGGAGAUGAUUAUUACAUAUGUAGAUUUCAGGAACCAGGCAAAAUGGAAGCUGAGAUGGCUGAAGUUGGCACUGCAUAUGUGAUGAAAAGUACCCUCACAACUCGGAAAACUGGUCCUCCAAUAUUUCCCAAGGGAGAGUUUGGAACUGGAUUCAACUCAGAUACUCCUGACACCUUACCCUCUUGGCUUACAGAAGAUGACCUUACUUAUUUUGUCUCCAAAUUUGAGAAAACAGGCUUCACUGGAGCAUUGAACUACUACAGAAACUUUAACUUAAAUUGGGAGCUGAUGGCGCCAUGGAAUGGAGUGAAAAUCAAGGUGCCUGUGAAAUUCAUUACAGGUGAUUUGGAUAUGGUGUACACCUCACUAAACAUGAAGGAGUAUAUCCAUGGUGGGGGAUUCAAGGAAGAUGUUCCCAAUCUGGAAGAAGUGAUUAUCCAAAAAGGAGUGGCGCACUUCAACAAUCAAGAAGCAGCAGAGGAAAUAAGUAAUCACAUUUAUGAAUUCAUCAAGAAGUUCUGAGCUUAUCUACAAAUGAAAUAAUCUUGCUGCUAUGUCUAUUUCCCGGUUCUUAGUAGUUGCGUGUGUUGUAUUUAGAACAAUUGUUCUCCUGUAACCAUUUAACUCUAAAUACUGGAUGUAUCUUUCCGGCUCAAAUAGCUCUCCACAAGGGUCAUUAAUAAUAAUGUAUCUAAUAAUACACAACAUACAUAAUCCCCUUUUUUUUCCUUUUUUUUUUUUGUUACGAUAUAAUCCCAUUGUUGUAGCAAGUAUUUUGAAUUAAA